CAAAUGAAAUGAAUAUAUCCCUCAAACUACUUCAAGAACAUCAAGAAAAACUAGCUAAUUAGUUUUCUUUCACAUGGAUUUAGGUCCAAAUAAUUCAUGUGUGAAUAAUAAUAUUGAUAUGGAAACAAAUGAUGAUGAAGAAAGUGGAUGGACAACAUAUUUAGAAGAUUUUUCAAUGAAGCAAAGGGAAAAUAACCAUAGUUCAUCAUCUGAUUAUGAUAAUAAUUCUUUUGGUAGCCCUUCUUUGCUUUCUGAUGCUGCUUCACAUGCUGCAUGGAAACAAAAUUCACAAUCACCAUUUCUCAAGAGAUUGAAUUUGAAGAAACAAAAAAGAAAUAACAAAAUUUGUGAUCCUGAUUUGGAAGAUACUGCUAGCUCACCUGUCAAUAGUCCAAAGGUAAGUAAUUUUAAGCAGAUGGACAUCAAUUAUAGGACAGAAAAUAGUAGUGGACAAUUCCAAGAAAUGAAGAGAGUUGAGAGAAACAACAAAUCUUUUGAUGGAAAAGACAAUAAUGGGUAUAUAGAAUUGAAGAAAAAAGGACUUUGCUUGGUUCCUUGGUCCAUGAUAAUCAACAACCAUGGCUGAUCUCCCUAACAUCCCUCUCUCUUCAUGUAAAAAAAUCUUCAGCUUUUUGUUUUUAGGAGGGUGGGGGGUGGGGUGUUGUAAGAAAUAUAGACAGAAUACAUCGACAACCCUUAAAAUUAUCAAUGAAUUUUAUUUAGAUGCUUAAAUUACAAUAUGUUUUCAUUGCACAUUUGAACAUGAUAAAAUAUUUUUAUUAGAUAUAUAUUUUCAACUCCAAUUUUAGAAAAUAAACUUUUUUGAGUAUUUUCAAGCUUAUAUUACAUAAUAAGUUGAUCAUACAAAGUAAAUAUAUUAUCUUCUUUCAUUAUAUAUAUUAGCUUCAAUGGGGACAUGCUUGAAGUCUUAUGAUUUAUUGAUGACAAUACAUAUAAUUUAGAGAAGUGAUCAACUAUUUACGUAAUAGGUGCUUCAGAAUACAUACAAUUUAUUUCUUCAAAUUUUCAUUUGGAAAUAUACUUAAUAGGAAAAUAUUAUUAGGCGUUCAGUUAUAACAUGUUGUAGUUCAAAUAUUUAAAAGAAAUUUACUGAUGAAUUCAAAGCGCUAUUCAUGUAUUCUGUCAAAAAUAUAUAGUAUAUGAAUGUAAAAAUGUAAGAUUGAAUGGCUCCAUCAUAUCAUUUGUCACAAAAGGAAAAAAGAGAAAAAAGGAAGCAAAAUUGUAAAUAGAGCUUCUUUUUCUCUUUACACAUGUAUUAUGUAAAGAAGCAGUAAAGCAUUAUUAAUAGUAA